UUCUCCUCCAUCCGUCUCUGGACCAAAAGAGGGAAUUAAAAUUAACUCAAGUGUGGUACUAAGCUGUGUAUCUACAGGAUUUUACCCAGAAAAUAUAUAUCUUACUUGGUGGCAAAAUAACAUGGAGCUUCCUGGAUCCAAACCAGACAUCCAUUCAUACGGUGCACACAAAACAUACCAAGUACAAAGUAACAUCACUGUUCAAGCAACAAUAGACUCAUAUAUUACCUGCAAAAUUAACCACACAUCAUUAGAACAACCUAUCAUCUCAACAUUUACAAUGAAUGACAUUGUGAAAGGAGAGCCUUCCCUUCCAUCAGUUUCUGGGCCAACGGAGCAAGUUAUGUUUAAUACAAAUGUGACAUUAAGCUGUACAUCUGUAGGAUUCUACCCUGCAGACAUCCUUGUUACCUGGUGGGAGGAUGACAGAGAGCUUCAUGCAACCCAACCAGAUGUUCGUUUAUAUGAAGAUAAGACAUAUCAAGUGCAAAGUAACAUCACCAUUCCAGCAAAAAUAGACUCAUUAAUUACCUGCACAAUUAAUCAUACAGCAUUACAGCAGCCUAUACAUUCAACCUUCAAAAUAAAUGUGAAAGUACGAUCAAGUCCUAAUAUAUUUGCAUUUUCCAAGUGA